AUGGCGCCUAUUGCCAUCCUCGCGGCCAUCUUGUUCUGCAAUGCCGCAGCCUCAAUUGUGGAAGAGAUGGCGGCGGGACACGAGGCCCAUGUCACCAACAACAAGUCCACGUGCCCUCACAGCUUCGUCGAGGACACGCAGACGCUCACCAAGGAGAGUGACCUGGUGUCCGACGCGGUGCAGGGGGCGGUGAUCGGCGGGAUCAUCGGUGGCAAGGACGGUGCGGCUGGCGCGGUGGGAGGAGCGAUGCACGGCACUGGAGGAGCGAUGUAUGGCGGACUGAUGGGUGCCAGCGGCACGGCGGUGCAGGCACACAGCCUGCAUAAUGAGACCGCAUACGACUUGGUGGUGAUAGGCGGCGGAUCUGGAGGCAUGGCCGCGGCAAAGGAGGCUGCCAAGCUUGGGGCGAGAGUGGCACUCUUUGACUAUGUCAAGGUGAGUGAGUGA